AUGCUAACUGCUUUAUUAAUAAUAAUUAAAAUUCAACAUGGAGAUUUUCGUCCUUUUUAUUUUCCACUAAUUUAUGAAGAAAAUGAAGGAAUUAAUUAUACCGAAAUAACACGUUUACACAAUUUUGAAAGGAUUGAAGUAGUUGAAGAGGUAAAAAUGGAAGGAGAAAAAGUGGAAAAAGAAGAAAAAGAAGUGAAUAAAAUGACUGAAGAAGAAUUAAAAGAAAAAGGAUUAAUAGAGAAGAUGAAUGAAGAAACGAUUAUGGAAUUGGAAGGAGAGAAGAGUGAUCUGGACGGGAAGAAUUUCGAAAAUGAGGAGGAGGAUAAAAAGAAAAAAAUGAAUAAUGAUGAAGAGAAAAAGAAUAUAAAUAAAGAGGAAGAUUUGAAAAAAGAGAUGAAAGGUGAAGAAGAGAAGAAAAACGACGAGGUUAAAGAAGAAGUGAAGGUUGAAAAGAUAAGUGAUGAAGUUAAGAAGCGAGUAAUGAUUGGAGGUAUAGGGAUGAUUAUGCAAAUGCAAAAAGAAGAGAUGAGGAAUGAUAAGGGAAAAAUUAAUAAUGAAGUAGAUAGGAGAGAAGAGAAUGAGGGGGACAAUAAUUCGGAUGAGAUAUUAACUGAAUCAGCAUUAAAGGAAAGAAUCGACACCGAACAGAAUAAUCAAGAACAUAAUACUUUCAAUAACUUUUGCGAUGGAGAGAAUAUGGCCUACAAUGUUUCAUAUGGAGGCGAUUCUGAUACACCUAGAUAUUUUUUAAGCGGCAAAAAAUUUGAUUGUUCUUUUCUUUCACAUCUUAAACGAUUUAAUCUUACGGAUCGAUGGGAUUCUGGAAUUGAUGAUGGAAUUAAUAAAGGAGAUAAGAUGGUAUUUGUAAUAUUCCUCUAA